AUGUCCCUGAAAACCGAGAAUGACAAAACUGACAUGGUGAUAGGAAAAUGCGGGCAACCUUCACCCAUGGUUUCAAUCUGGAAAUGUUUUCUCAAAUUGUGGAUUGAAAAGAACAAAACAAGCUUGAGUAUCAUUGAUGGAGCCAAACUACAGUGUUGCCGAAAAGCCCUGACCGGUAAAUGCCGAGAUCUUUGCAAGAAGACAUUCAGCAGUUUGUGGGGUGACAGUUCCAAAGCUUUCCACACAGAAUGCCUGACACCCAUGCAGUCCCUUGUUGACCCAAUGGAAUCACCAAUGCAGAUGUGUAUUAAACAAGUGGAUGAGCCUUGCAAACUCGGAUGUGAUGGCUUGCAAUUCUGCACAAAUUUUAACAACCGUCCAGUGGAAUUAUUUCGCAGUUGCAAUGCCAAGGCAGAUAACGCGGCUAAAUACGAGCUUCGACAUUGGCAGAAAGGAGUCAUCAUUCUACCACAGAUGCGAAUUCCUGUCAAAGAUAUUAAAAAAUGCAAAUACGAUAUGUGGAAAGCAAUUGCAUGUGCUUUGCAAGUGAAACCGUGUCAUGGAAGGCCAACUCCUCUCUCAAUUUGCAGGGAAGACUGUAUUUAUAUCCUGAGCAAAUGUAUCAACUACAGAGAUCUGCCCCGAGCCAAGAAUGUCUCCAUGUUGUGCAGUCCCCUGCCAUCACGGUUGGACAGCUAUAAUUCCUGCGUCUCCAUCAGCAAAUACCUGAAACCAAGUCCUCACCAUGUGAAGCAGGAAGAAGUGACAAACCCUUGCAAAUCAAACCCUUGCAAUGACAGCCAUAUUUGCAUGGUAAACCGACGUAAAUGCAAACACCCAGAGAACUGCCGACCUUACGUGUGCAAACCUGCUUGUCCAAUGGGAGAAGUCUCCCUCCUGAAGGUGCCACGAGGGUCGUAUGUCCGUUUACCUAGCAAUGAUAUUUCCUGCUCCAAGGUUUGUCACUGCAGCCACAAGAAUAAAAUUGACCACUGCCAACCUCUUCCUUGUGUCAAAACAGAGAACUGUGUACUUCAGCUUGGUCAUAUAAAAAUGCAAAAUGUGGCAUUCAUGUCACAGUGCAAUUUUUGCACCUGUUAUGCAGGAAAAAUCAUUUGUACAAAACGUCAGUGCGUGAGGCCAAAUGAGAAAAGCAUUCAAUCAUACACUGGUCUUCCUUGUAAUUGCAAACCACAUCAUGCACCUGUAUGUGCUCGAAAUGGCAAGACUUAUCCAAACAGGUGUUUGGCUCUGUGUGCUGGAUUUAACGAAGGUCAGCUUGCAUAUGGAAACUGUUCCCUUGUCAAUCCAUGUGCCAAAGUCAAUUGUGGUGCAAAUUACAGGUGUAUUCCUCGGCGCCAGGUUUGUCUUGGUUCUCAAGAUGUCCCAUGUGAACAGUAUGUCUGUGUUUUCAGAACGCCAACAUGUAGUAACCAUUAUCACCAACCUGUAUGCGAUACUUUAACUGAGGAAUUUACAAACCUCUGUAUGCUACAUAACCAUGGCAGGGUCUUGGCAUACUGGGGUCACUGUUGGGAAAACUGCAGAACAAAAGGAUUUGUUUGUGGUCACAAUGGGGAAACCUACAAUUCAGAAUGUGAAGCGUUUGCUCAUCGCACAACUGUUGAUUACCUGGGGAUAUGUCGAACAGUUGGGCAGCUUUCACUUCAAGACCAACAGAAUUCGCAGUGUUUCAAUAUUGAAUGUCCAGAAAUCCGUCCAAAAUCCUGCCAACCACUCACUCCCCCUGGUGGCUGUUGUCCAAUAUGUGGUCAGUAA